CGACACUCAGGCGACAAAAUGUCUAAGCACUCGUUGUCUCCAGCAUCCCUGCCGCCAUCGAAGCGCCUGCACACCAUCGGUGCAGACGGCAGGACCCAAGAUCCCCAACCUCAGUCAAUAUUCGACGAGCUUUUUGACGAGCUCAUCCUCUUCAUCUUCUCCUAUCUUUCACACACAGACCUAUGCAACGUACAGCGUACAAACCGCAACUGGUCGCGUCUCUCGCUCGACAAUCAGUUGUGGAAGACGUUAUACAUCAACGAAUAUGGCAGAAUGCGUCUUAGAGGCGCAAGAGGAUUCAUCGGCCGAGGAGACGGGAGGGAAGUGAAAUCCUUACCUGGAAGAGCGAAGGCCGAGGACGUGAGGGAUUGGAAGUGGAUGUUCCGCAUCAGUUCGAACUGGAGGACAGGCCGCUGCACCGUCGAACAAUUUGACGUGGGUCCUUCGGCUGGUCUUCUCACUCAAGCUGCAGAGCCCGACGAGACUCGUCUACUCCUCACUGGCAACGUUGCUAUCGCUGCAUCAUCAAGACCUAGCUCAGUAGCCUCACUUUGGCUCUCUUGUCCUGCACAUACACCGUGUACACUUCCAUGUCCCUCCUCUCGCUCGAACACAGCGCGCAUCACUGCUCUAGCAAUGGAUCAGUCUCCGCCCGCCUCUGCUCAUCACGGACGGCUCGCAUGCUUUUUGUCAACAGGCGAAUUUACGCUUUUCUCCAUCGACCAUCAGACCCCGUCCGCCUCCUCGCGGCUGCUCACCUACCACCCCUCAAGCAGGAGCUCUCGCACGGCGCCUAUCGUCCAAGCCGUCUACCACCAUCCGCUCCUCGUGACGCUCUCAGAAUCCUUUCGCCUCUCACUCUACCACAUCGGUCAUGACACCGUCUCCCAUACACAAACCCUUUCCUCAUUCACGUCUUAUCCUCCCAGCUCCCCUGUUCUCUCCUGUCUCUCCCCGACUACAUAUAAACUCAUCCUCGCGUACGCGAUCCCUGUGUACCCCGCGCACUGGACCGUUGGCGCGACGGAGCUCAUCAUCUCCAAUUCCGAAACCGAGAGCAUGGUCGUGACAAAUACGCGCACGACGCGCGCGAUCGACGUACCACCCGGGUGGGUUGAUGAGAACAAGAUGCGCACUGUGCGCGAGCAGUGGGGCCGCAAGGUCGCGCGCGUCGCGGACACGCAGACGGACGGCAAGUGGGUCGUCCUAGCCCCCGGACAGAAACUCCCCGGUGUCCUGCCCGACAGCAGCGCCGGCCAGCCCGCUCCCUCACAACCUUCCUCGUCGUCAGGCCCAUCGUCACCGUCGUCAUCGGGGACGGCAUACACAUCCUCGAGCAUGUACACCGCGUCGGGGCUGCAGCUCUACCGCUUGCAUCUGCCUUCGUCCGCAUCGAGCUCGUCCUCACCCAAGCUGACGUUCGUGCGGACACUCCACGGUCAGAUCGGACCCGUGUCCACGCUCGCUCUGUCCGACGGGCGCUGUGUGAGCCUGGGUGUCAACGGGAGCAUCUGGGUGUGGGACCUCGAGGGCGGCACCGGAACCGAAGUCAGCGCAGGCGUCACGGAGGCUGGGAGAGUGAGGAUGCGCUUAGCUCGCGGGGCAAGGGGUGCGGUUGUAUUCGAUGAUAGACGGAUAGUAAGUUCGUGUGGUAGCGGGGUCGAGAUCAGACGGUUUGAUGUUUGAGAGACGAAGGGGGAUUGGCUUGUGUGGUAUCGUUAUACUGUUAUUCUGCUGGAUUUCUUAUCCUUGCGAUGUAUACUGUAUUCAUACUAUAGACGGAUAGCGCUUGGGCUGUCG